UGUGUGCUUUCAAGUUGUUUCUUGCAUCAUCCACUUUCAUGUCGAUUUUUAGUGACUUGUGGAGAUGGAUUUUUGGUGGUAAUGAUGAGCAUGAUUCUAAUUCUGCUUCUCACGUUCAACAUCGCACACAAACCCGAUCCUAUGAGCAAUCUCAACCCCUAUUUCCUCCAUCUAAACCAGUCUCAUCUCCCUGUAAUCCAUCUUCAUCGUCCCUCAAACCCCCAUUUCCUCCAUCUAAACCAGUCUCAUCUUCAUCGUCCCUCAAACCCCCAUUUCCUCCAUCUAAACCAGUCUCAUCUCCAUCCUCAUCGCCCCUCAAACCCCCAUUUCCUCCAUCUAAACCAGUCUCAUCUCCCUUUAAUUCAUCUUCAUCGUCCCCGAAACCUUUUACGUCAUUGUUUAAACCACCGGAAUCUUCUUCUCUCAAUGCAUCGUCUCCAUUUUCUCCUAAUCGCCCUCCGGUAUGUGCUUCAAAACCAUCUCCACCUUCCCCUAUUGGGCCUGCCGUAUCUUCCACUAAGCUCCAUCCAACGUUUAAGCCCGUUCUAUCCCGCGCCUCUUCAAAUGUACUGGAUCAAAAGGGGAAGCAAAGCUAUGUGUGGGUUGAGAAUGAUUCCUUACCUCUAUUCGCAAUUCCUGACGAUAUCAAGAAUGGCAUCGCACCCAAAGUUCUAAACCAGCCUCUGUCUCCCGCGACAUAUAAGGAUUACUUCGCUGCUCUCUUAUAUGCUGAAGAAUUAUACUACGAGAAAUGGCCUCAUUUCGAAUUGGAGAAUGUCCCUGUGGAGUUGCAGGAAGCAGCAAUUUUUAAAAAACCAGACAAGGAAGAGAAAACCUUGGUAGCAUUUGAUAUGGCUUCUUUUCCUACGAAUCGCCCAUUUCUUUUGUCGAGGGACUUGGUCUAUGUGCGACCAUCGGGGACAAAAGCUGAGCCAUUUCAGGGCUUUAUAUAUCGCGUCGUCAAAAGCAGUGUUGUUCUAGUAGAAUUUGAAGAUAAUUUUUAUGUCAAUCACCAUUCGGCCCAAAAAUAUGAUGUCAGCUUCUCGUUCAAUAGGGUCUGUUUGAAAAGAGCUCACCAAGCUGUACAAAAUGCAUCAGAGGCUUUGUUUAGGAACUUCCUCUUCCCUGAGUCUGUUUCGCGUGCGAGCAUUCCCACUGCACCAGUGCUGCUGUGCACCGGUCAUAAACUUGAUCCCAAUCAAUUAUCUGCAGUUCGUCGUAUUUUAAGCAUUCGUGGCUCACCACCUUACCUAUUGGCUGGCCAGCUCUGUGUUGGAAGGAGCGAUUUUGGGCUAUCGAGAACUGGACUGGUGGUUAGUGAAGCAGUGCACCAGUUACGUCAAACUUCACACGGAAAUAGGAUGCUCAUAUGUGCUCCUAGUAACCGCUGUUGUGAUGGGCUUAUGAGAAGCUUGUUGAAAUGGAUUCCUGAGUCGGACAUGUUUCGAGCGAAUGCUGCAUUCCGCGAGAAAGAUGAGGUACCCGAAGACAUCCUCCCGUCAUGCCUUUACAAAGAGCCCUACUUCUCUUGUCCUCCGACAGAGGAACUUCGUAAAUUCAGAGUGAUCUUCUCCACUUACAUGAGUAGCUUUCGGCUACAUGAUAAAGGCCUAACUGCAGGACAUUUUAGUCAUAUUUUUCUGGUGGAUGCUUCGUCUGCUAUUGAGCCAGAAAUAAUGGUGGCCCUGACUAGUUUCGCUGACAAGAAUACUACUGUUAUAGUUACCGGUGAACCAGGAAACCGUUCGUCUUGGAUUCGAGCUGAGAUUGGAAGGAAUAAGGGGCUGAAGAUUUCAUUCUUUGAAAGACUCUCCAAGUCAGUGCCAUAUAAUAUAGAAGACAGUCCAAUGUUCAUCACACAAUUGGAGCAAAGAGUCUGACUCAUUGAACACCUACAGGCUACGGCCUGAACUUUAUGGGUUUGUUUGUCAAGCGCCAUCGAAUGUGUACGUAAUUAUUCGAAUGUGUACGGUAUAUGUUAUCUUUUGGAUGUGUACGUAUAAGUUAUUGUACUGACACAUAUGUUAUCUUUUGGAUGUGUACGUAUAAGUUAUUGUACUGACAGGUCUUGGUGUUCUGCAGAUGAUUUCUUGUGUAUUAAGCUUAAAAGUUCAAACCAUUUUCGUAGA